GGGGUCAGGGUGGUACAAGAAGCACGGCGGGGCCGUCCCGGAGCACUUGGAGCGGAGCCGCCAUGGAGGAGGCGCAGCGGCUGCUGACGGUGUCGGUGUGGAAGCUGUACCGGUGCCGGCUGCGGCGGGGCGGCCUCCGCCUGCACCGGAGCCUGCAGCUCUCGCUGCUCGUCCGCGCCGCCCGCCACCGCUACCUGAGCGCCCGAGCCGCCGCCGAGACCCUCCCGGGGCCGGAGCUUGCCGGGGCCGCGGCGACCGGAGCGACCCCCGAAGCGGGGAGCGACCCGAGCGGGGACCCCCGGUGGCCGAACACACCGAGCGCGGACAGACCGAGCCCUCGGACCCACCCCCGGACCGAGCAGGAAUGGGGAAACCCCCUCAGGGACUGCAGCGGCGACCACCCGAACCUACCGAGCGGAGCCCCCCGCAGUGAAUGGCACCGGGGAUGCCCCCGCGGCCGACCGACCGAGGACCCCCCGAGCCCCGCACCCGGCGACAGCCCGGCCCCACCGACCGCGGAGCCGCGUGCCGCCCCGGACCCCGCUAACCGGGACCCCCCGAGCGCUGCCCCCGGCCCUCCCCGGCCCACCGCAGCCCCUCGGGCCGGGCAGAAGCGGCGCAGCAGCGGCUCGGAGGGGCCGGGCCGGGGGCCGGUACCGAGCAAACGGGCGCGGCUGGAGGCGGAGGCGCCGCCGCUGCCCCCGGGGCCGCCCGGGCGCUGCUCGGGGCCGCCCGCAGCCGCCUUCGGCUUCCUGGUCCGCGCCGUCGGGGCGUGCUGAGCCCUCCGGGACCCCCGGACGCAGGGACAUUAACGAGGAUCCCCCCCAGACACACGGAACUUAACGGGGAUCCCCUCGGACACGCACAACUGGUUUUGGAACCCCCCGGGACACACGGAACUUAACGGGGAUCCCCCCCCGGACACGCGGAUCCGGAACUGGAACGGGGCGCCCCCAAACUGGUGCGGACCCCCCACGGUGGAACGGAACGGGACACGAAUGGACUCUCGGGGCUCCCGGUGGGCACUCCCCCCCUCCCGGGGACCAUCGUGCUUGGCAGGGGGGGCUCCAGGCUGGCCCUGCCCCCCCCCCCCCUUAAUUGUGCUUAAUUAUUAUUUUGUUAAUCAAAUAAAAGUGGGUUUUGUGCA